GAUUCCACAGUGGAUACAAUACAUGCAAACCAACAAUUCUUCUUUAGAAAAAUUUAAAAGAGCAAAUGGUGGAUACAUGCUUCAUGAUAUAUCAAAACCACACAAGAUUCUUAGUAUUCAUGCUGAAUUACAAAUAAAUGAGGAGGAUCAUUCUAAAAAUCCAUAUUAUCGUAAUGUUACAAAAAGAGAUAUAUCAAUUGCUCCAUUGGUUCCUUUACUUCCUGGACAUUGUGUUAUUGGAAAGUUUGAAACAAACCCUGAUUUUUUUGCUAGCAUGAAGAAAUACAUAAAUUGGACAGGGAAUUUUUCUAUUCCAGACAUUCUUGGAUUUGGUAACCCUGAUAUUAUACAUGAUCUACAAUCCAAAGUCAAUUCAAUUUACCCAAAUAUUUUUGAAACUUCUGUUGCAUUGACAAAAUCUCAAAACAAAAUGGUAAAGCUAACUGCAACUAUGCAAAAAAAAGGUGAAAAAUUAAUUGCAAAGGAAAGAAAUUCAUCAAUAAUUUCACAAGAUCCAAUAAUUUGUCAAGGAAUAGAAAUUAAAGAAACAGGUGUAAACUUAUCUUCAGAAGCAACUUUAGCUCUUGCAAUUGAUUAUGAAUCUUCAAAAAAAUCAAGUGAUGCAUUACAUAAAAGAUUCAAACAUGCUAAAGCUGACCUUGAAUAUGCAAAGAAUUUAAAAUAUAAUCAGUAUGAAAAAAAAAAUAAGGAUUCAUUGAAAGAUUGGGUGCAAAAAACUAUAGAAGAAAAUAAAGUUGGAUCAACAAUAUUAAUUAAUACUGAACAAUAUCUCACCAACAUAUUUAUUCAACCUUGUUUAACAUGCCAUAACCUUGAUCUGUCUAAAAAGAAGCUGAAAUCACCUGGUACAAAAUUUUCUUUACUUGCAGCAGGAGCAGAUUAUGACCACAAACCUGUUAUUGCUUUUUCUACUGCUGAAAAACCACAUCAGUUGAAAAAUAAAGAGCAAUCAUCACGUCAGAUGGAACAUGCAAUAUUGUUACAAAUUAUUGAAAAAAUAUCACCAGUAUUGGAAGAAGCUGAAGUACUCUUGGAUAUUUGUGUAGAUG